ACUGUAUAUUUCGUAAUCUUGUCGAAAGUUAAUUAUCGCCCUUCUAAAUAUUAUCUAAAUUUUAUUUAUUUAUAAAAUAUGUGUAGCGUUAACGAAGGAAAUUGUGAUUGUUUUCCACCUCCCGAAUCUAAAAAGAAAAGUACCACGUGCGUAAAAUGCAAUAAUCCUGCAAUAGUUUGCAUUAGAUUUAAUGAUUCAUUUUGCAAAGAUUGCUUUAUUCUCUAUUGUAUUCACAAGUAUCGGUCAACAUUUGGUAAAUCAAAAAUAGUAAGAGAUGGAGAAAGUGUUAUAUUAGGUUUUAGUGGUGGACAUGGAGCAUCGGCAAUGUUACAUUUAACAAAAGAGGGUAAAAGCGCAAGAGCAGCGAAGAAGCUUCGAUAUCUACCAAUUCUAAUUUAUAUUGAUGACACGAAUUUCGUGACUACUAAUAAAGAAAUGGCUGCUAAAAUUAGAGACAAAGUGAUAGAAAAAAUGAAAAAAUCUGAACUAGAAUACGAGUGUAUACCUUUAGAAAGAAUGGUGACGAAGGAGUUUUUGCAAUCAUUGGAUACGUUAACGUCGAAAGAAGAGACUAUUGACAUUUUGAAGAGACAAUUAUUGGCAGAAAUAGCCUUAGAACGAAAAUGUCAAAAGGUACUACUUGGAGAUUCAUCAACUAAAUUAUCAAUCAAUGUUGUCUCGAAUGUUGUACAAGGACGUGGAAGUCAGGUUGCUCAUUCAAUGAAAUUCGAUGAUUCUCAUAUGAAAGAUGUUACCCUAAUUAGGCCAAUGAGAGAAUUAACAUCAAAAGAAAUUGCAAUGUACAACAAAAUAACAGGCAUUGAAGUUGUUGCAACUCCAUCUUUUUCUUCCAAGACUCCGAAGCACUCGAGUAUGCAAAGGUUGAGCGAAAGUUUUGUUUUAUCUCUCCAAGCGAGUUUUCCUUCUACCUGCAGCACUUUAUUCAGAAGUGGCGAAAAACUUGAAGCAAAAUUGAAAGACGAUGGGAAAUCUUGCGCUCUUUGCGCCAAUCGUUUGGACACAAAUAUGUCUGCUUGUUCUGCUUUAGAAGCGGCCGAAUUUUCUCGUCAACAGACAAACUGUAAUACAAUGGAAUCUAACAAUUUCCUUCAAAGCUUUUGCUACGCUUGUAGGAAUAUUAUGUUGGGCUUAGAUAAGAGUAGUGAAAACUCCAGAUUGCCUGACUUUGUUCAACGCAACAUUCAAAGGGACCAAGCCACUGACGGAAUCCAGAAAUAUUUGUUAGACGAAAAUACUGACUAA